AUGAAGAGACUACCGGUGGAAGAGGGCCAAGACCAGGCGAGCAGCCAGCCCAAGGCCGCCGCCCCCAAAAGACAGAAAAAGGACCAGACUCACACCAUCCCGAUCACCCGCGGCCGCUUCAAGAAUCGCUAUCUGCGCAAGCACGCCUCUCUGCUUCGCAAGAUCGAUCCGCCGCUGGGUCUGCUUGUGUCCUGCGGCGUUCGCAACGAAACUCGGGCACUUGGCCAAAUACGGUCGUUUCUGGAUGAGUAUGUCAUCAAGCUCUUCCCCGAUCACAAGACGGUGCCUAUCCCGGUACCGGAGGAGCUAGACAUUGAUCUGGAGAUCGUCGGCGAAGCCGCAGAGCCACCACGGCGACCGCACCGUGCAAAGAAAGAUGACGAGGAAGGCGGCAAGCAGCUCAGCAAGUUCCAGGUCGUUGACACCGCCUGUGCUGGUCUUUUGUUCAUCCGAUUCCGGAUCGACGUCGUCCCCAAGACUUUUGUCGAAGCACUCUUUGAUCAUGUCGCGAGUCUGGAAGCCGAUGCCGCCGGAGAACUCCUCUCCAAGAUCAGCCACUGCUCGCGACUGCUUCCCAUCCACCACGUCUGCCCAUCGGACAUCAAAGAGAUCGUGGACACCAUCCGGCCCCUGAUGGAAAGCGAACUGCCGGUGAAGAACGCGGACGAUGAGGCUCGACCAGCCACAGUCUGUAUCGUUGCAGAGAUACGCAACUGCCCCACGAUUCCAAAGGAAAGCCUCAAGCACGAGGUGGCGGCGCUGAUCCCAACGCACUUCAAAAUCGACUUGACCAAGCCGGACUACGUCAUCUUCAUAUCGAUAUUCAAGAGCGUCUGCGGCGUAUCAAUCCUCCCCAGCUUCUACGACAAGUAUCGCAAGUUUAAUCUGCACAUGGCUUCGAGAGCGCUCACCUCAGCAAAUCAAGGUGCCGCGGCUACCAAGCUGGCAUAG